AUUUACAAUUAUAAUCGAGAACAUUCCGUUAUAUAAAAGUAAAAAAAGCGUUAAUUGUGUCACACGAAAGCAUACCAAAUAAAAACUUAAUUGUGAAAAUUAAAAGAAUUAUUCAUAAAUUGAAAAAUCACGUUCAAUAGAAACUUUGAAGGUAUUACGUGUACAUUGGAAGUCAAUUGGAGGAUAAAAAAGAGAGAAACAACAAACAACCGUGAGCUAUAAUGUCGGCGGAUUUGGUUUUUUAGCGUUUGCUACACACAAUUUUCAAACGAUACAAAAACGAAUCCAAUUACAUUCUUUUCGAGUGACCGUCUGUUCAUGCGAAUCCGGUGCGUACUGAACGCACUCUGAUUUGGUUAAGCCAACGGUUGUGUGGGAUACCGUAUGGAAGAACGUCGAGUUAAACGUUUUCAAAUUGGUGAUAGCAUUUCACCAUCAUCGUUUGUACCUGCCAAAAGAAAAUCUCGCAAAGAUCCUUGUAACCAGUGGUUCAAUUUUGUGCAGUUUAUCCGCAUGAUAACUACGUUACUGAGUUUAUUUAGGCGUCAAUUCUGUCGCGAUCUAACAGAAUGGAUGCGAAUAGAAGAAAAAAUUUCAAUAAUAAUAAGUCAGUUGGUGUUGUUGCCACACAAUCUAUCAUCGAAAAUGGGAGCAACAGCCACACAGCCACCAACGGAACAAUUAGCUCAAGCACCGAAUCAUCGGAUUCGGUUGAACCACCUAAGCAAUCGUUUAAUGAUAAUAUUAGUAAAGACUUUCAUGAAAACAAUGUGUGUGUUGAACAAUUCAAAAGUGAGCAGUGCAGUGAAAAGCACUCGGACUCAGUUAAAUCAAAUGAAAAAGACUCAGAUGUUCUGUGUAGUAUUUUAAGUGUUGGCAAUGAGAACGGUGUGUCCCAACUAGAUGGUUCGCGUAACAUCAAUUCAAAUUCGAUGUCUGGCCGUGUUCAAAUACAAACAAAUAAUUGCAAUAACAACAGUUCGAUUGACAAACAACUUAACGGAAAUGAUAAGAACUGCAAUCGAAGUAAUCUUCAAGAGGCCUGUGUGUCGAAUGGAACUACAAUCAAUAUGGAUGAUAGCCAUAAUGAUUAUCAAGAAUCAUGCAAUGAUUCCAACGCCAGCACUACCAAAUCAACGAACGAAAUCGCACGAAAUGAUAAGAUAAACACCAGUGGUCGGCGUAUAAGUAACAGUACGAAUGAAUUCGACGCCAGUCACAAUUCAAAUAUCGUUGAAAUUGUUACAGAUACGUUGGUCGACAAUCAACAAUCAACAGUUGAAGAGGACAUAAGUGAGAAUCAAACGAAACAAUCGGUUACAAAAUUACUCGUGCAAAAUUCAAGUGAAGAUUGUAUUUCGACGGAUACAAUAAGCAGUAAUAGUAUUGAUGUUAAACCAAUUAAGUGCCCAACAGAUCGAAGCCAAACGGCAAGCGAAAGCGAAGAAAUCGGCUGUAAGGAUAACGAAGAAGACAUCACAAAGAAGGAAUCGAAUGAUACAGAGACAAAUCAAUCUACGAAAUCAACCAUGUAUGAUGAUAAUUCGUUAAAAACUCCGUUGCUUGGAAGUAGCUCAAGUGAAAAUAAUGGAACAACCGUCUAUAGUAGCAUUGAUCGGCCAAUCGUUCCCAAAACUAAAGGUAAUAUUAACAAUAAUGAAACAAAUAAUACAACAGAUGAUGAUAAAUGCGAUGCUAAAUCGGUGGCUUAUAAUGAAUACGUUAAUUUAUUAUGUGAUACAGAUCGAAGUGGUGGUUUAUUCAUGAAAAAUGCCAAACGAAAUGAACGCGCUGAAAGUCGACCAUUGUUACGGCAAACAUCGAUGGACGACGGUUCGGUUAACCAGAAAAUUCAACGCAGAUCGAAUCCAAGGCCUAGAAGUAUCGUAAAAAGCCCAUCGACACAGAAUUUUAGUUCAAAUACCGGCGAUAAAUUUGAUGUUAAUCGAAAACCACGUUUAAGUAUUCAAUGCACUGGCACCGAUCCCGAACGACCCGUGUUACACGUUCAAUUUUUGUCGCAACAACAUAACGAUUCAAACGAUAGCAUAAAACGAAAUAUGUUCAAUAGUGUAAAUUCACCUGCGAGCGGUGAGCAUGAAUCAUACCAAAAUGGUGAUUCGACGACUGAACCACAACCGGAGGAGUUGAUUCAUCAAAUGCCAGCAAGAGGAAUUUUACGAACAUCAAAAUUACGAAGUAGCAUCUCGUCCAGUUCGUCUGAGUCGUCGUCUUCGUCGUCAGACUCUUCGAGUAGUGAUGAUGUUAGUCAAUUUGCUGAAGCAAAACCACCGGACGGUGGUUAUGGGUGGGUGAUUGUAUUCGCCUCGUUCAUGGUAAACGUAAUUGCGGAUGGCAUAACAUUUAGUUUUGGUGUUAUUUAUGUAGAACUUUUGAAAUAUUUCGGCGAAGGAAAAGCAAAAACGGCAUGGAUUGGUUCACUUUUCAUGGCAAUGCCUCUGCUCUCCGGGCCCAUUGCAUCAUUUUUAACCGAUCGAUUUGGGUGCCGUCGAGUGACGAUAAUCGGUUCAAUUCUGGCAUCAAUUGGAUUUUUUGCGUCUUCAUUUACGGAUUCGGUGGAAAUGCUUUUUUUCACGUUCGGUAUAUUUGCCGGUUUUGGCUUGAGCUUAUGUUAUGUGGCUGCUGUGGUUAUUGUUGCCUAUUACUUUGACAAACGUCGUUCGACUGCAACUGGUCUAUCGGUGUGUGGUAGCGGUAUUGGUACAUUUUUAUUUGCGCCUUUAACACAAUUUCUCAUCGACGAGUAUGGUUGGCGGGGCACAACGCUUGUGUUGUCGGGCGUAUUUUUGAAUAUGACUAUUUGUGGUAUGCUUAUGAGAGAUUUGGAGUGGACAACGUACAAAUCGAAACAAAAAGCGAAACUGCGUAAGAAACGAAAUCAAUUGGGAAUUUCAGCCGAUUCAUUUUCGGUGAGCAAUAGCACAAACACUGGUGGCACAACAAGUAAUCUACAUAAAGACGAUGCCAAUGGAAAUGAGAUCGAUAGAAGAGAUGAAAAUAAUGGUGAUAAUAAUUUAGCCAGUCAGUCCGAAACCAUGGACGAUCCACGACUAUUUAGUUCAUUGAUUACAUUGCCAACAUUUGUUAAAAACGGCGAAAAGGUUCCAGUGGAAGUUCUCGAGCUAAUGUCAGCAAACAAAAAUGUGCACAGCGUUCUAUUGAAAAAUUAUCCCGGUUUGGCACAUUCAAGAAGUUUUAGUCAACCAUUAACAUCGUCACGACAUUCGAAUGGAUCAAAUGCACCGCUUGAGAACAAUAUCAGUCCAACCAGUGAAAGUGGUCUGACGAAGGCCAAAAGUCGCCGGAUUCGAAACGAACAGGAGUUCUUGACAUGGAUGAAACAAGAUCCUCAUAUUCACCAUGCCAAGGAUGUACGGAUUAUAAUGCAUCGAAAUCCGGCUGCAUAUCUGAAGGAUUUGCGAAUGCAUCGUCAUUCUUUGACUUAUCGCGGUGCGAUGUUGAAUAUAAACCGUUACCGACUACGAGCAUCUUCGUGCCCGGAUAUCUAUCGCAAUUCAAUGACAACAAUUGCAAAAGAGAAAACACAUUGGGGUCAAGGACUGGCUGAAUUCAAAUCAGUUUUGGUCGAUAUGCUGGACUUUUCAUUUUUUUCUGAUAUUCGAUUUACCUUAUUCGCAUUAUCAAAUUUCCUUUUGUAUGCAUGGUACGAUGUUCCAUACGUAUACUUAGCCGAUAAUGCGGUGGAGCUUGGUUUCAAAGAGACCGAUGCAUCCAUCUUGAUCUCCUUGAUUGGUAUCGUAAAUAUGGUGGGUGAAAUCAUUCUUGGAUGGACCGGAGAUCGAAAAUUCAUAACAGCCGGAAUGAUCUAUGCUAUAUGUAUGGUUUUCUGUGGGAUCGUCACUGGUUUGGUGCCUUUGUUACCUACAUUUACCGGACUCUCAAUAUUGUCCGGUCUCUUUGGUUUAUUUAUCGCGGCGAAUUAUGCGCUCACCAGUAUUAUUUUAGUGGAACUAAUAUCUUUGGAACGAUUUACAAAUGCCUAUGGUUUAUUGCUACUUGUACAAGGGAUCGCAAAUUUAAUUGGGCCACCUUUGGCCGGAUGGAUUACAGAUUUAACUGGUGAUUACCAUUUAGCCUUCUAUUUGGCUGGGUUUUUCAUAGCCAUUUCGGGAUUAUUGAUGAUGUUUUUGCCGGCACGUGGUAAAUAUCGAAAAUAUCGUGCUUUUCGUCGAAAGGGUCAAAGCAGCGGUGAAGAAGAUGACGACGACGACGAUGAUGAUGAUGUCAGCGAAGUUGAUCUUGAGAAAUGCAUACAAAUCAUUGAGGCACCAAAAUCAUCUCUUCCAUACAAUGGCAAAGCAAACGGCGUGCCAAAGAAGGGCAGCUCAACAGUUAUUCCGGUUUAAUCACAGCAACCGGAUUUAGAAUUUAGUUAAACGUUUGAUGAUGAAUUUAUACAUGGAAAUGGCUUAAUUUAGUUGAUUAAAAAAAAUUAUAUGAAUCUUGAAUUUACAAUUUAAUUAAAUUAGGGGGUCAUAAAUAUUACACAUAUACACAUAUACAAGAAACACACUAUAUAACAACAGUUUAAUAACAUAUUUACCGUUCGGUUCAAACAAGAGUAGUUGUUCCUUUAUGAUUUAGAUUGAUUAAAGUAACUAACAUUGAAAUAGUUGUAUAAUCCAUAUGGAAAAUGGAUCUUUAACCGUAUUCUUCAUUUUUCUCAAAUAUAUAUUGUACGAAUUAAUUUCUGUUUAAGUGUAGGUUGUUAAAAUGAACCAUCAAGUACCGUUAACACUUUUUUUUUGUAAAAUAAAACACACUGAACGAUUUUAUCUUCAAUAAUAAAUCAACUUUUUUUCCCUCACACAGUUCCAUUGAAUUAUGAAAUGAUUUAUACGUAAAGAUGAAAUCUUUGAAAAGUGAGAAUAUAUUUCUCGAUUAUAAGAUGGUAAAUAAAAAAUGUCGUCGAUUCUGCCACAAACGCCAUUUUCCAAAUCAAAUAACUAACGCCUUUUUUUUCAAAAACUAAACUAUAUACACUUAGCCUCUUCUCCAUCGAAUUUUAGAUUAUUAGAAAAUGCGUUAGCCCCAAACAUGUUUCUUUUCAAUAAAAAUUACCAACACGUCAA